GUCUGCUCAGCUGUCAAGACUGGGCAGGCGAAGGCAUUUGACCAGGAGCAAAUACUCCAUCUGGGUCCUGUUUUGGUGCAAACAUUUCAGUUCUGGUAAUUUCGUUUUGGUUUUCGGAAUGGGGCUCUCUGGACUGCUGUGUUCAUUUGGGGCUUGGCCUAGAGAAGGCCACCAUUUACUAUCAGUGCUGAAGGACCAGUGAGAUGGCUCAGUGGCAAAGCGUAUGUGCUUUCAAGUCUGAUGGCCUGAGUUCAGUCUCUGGAACUCACAAGAUGUCAAGGGAAAAAGCAACUCCUGAAAGCUGACCUCUGACCUCUGUACAUCCACCAUGGGACACGCUCACCACACACAUGCAAAACAGGUGAGGACUCCAUCAACUCGCUGGGCAUGAUCCUCGGAGUGGGACUGUCUCUGCUGCUGGUGUCCAUCCUUGGCUACAGCUUGGCCAAGUGGUACCAGCGCGGGUACUGCUGGGAUGGGCCUAAUUUUGUCUUCAACUUAUACCAGAUCCGAAACCUGAAGGACUUGGAAGUGGGGCCACCCUUCACCAUCAGUGGCCACAUGAGCAGUCCAGAUGGCGGCUACAUGAAGUUCUCCAAUGAAAGAGUCUGAUAGAGAUGCUUCUAGCCUCUGGAGGUCAGGAGAGGUUCAGACUAACGUCUCCCAAGCACCUGCUUUGCUCAGUCUUCCAUGACCAUCAGAAUCAUCUCGAUGCUUCUCAAACUGCUUCCACCUGCACUCAAAUGCUUCCUUGACAUGAAUGGAAAAGUUCUACUCAUUCAAGCAUUCAUUUAUGCACCAAAAGUUCAUUGAGCGCUCAUUACUAUGCACUACCAUUGACUGGGCGUAGAGGGCACAGAGAUCAAUCAAGAGGAGUUCCUGCUGCCAGCGAGCUGGAAUGAGUGCUGGCUAAAGGACCUUGCAUCAAAGUCGGGGGCCCAGAGAACCAAGGAAAAUAGUCAGCCUCAAGACUAUCCCCAUUUGACAGACCAAAAGGCUGAGGUCCAGUCAGACUCAUUUGAAAGAACAGCUCAUGCCUAGAACCCAGGGAAGCAGUCUUCCCUUUCCCUGGGGAUGCUCUUGGGGCCUCUCCAGCCCAAUAGUCUUGCUGUGGUAGUUGGUUAAUCUUAGUGGACCUUGCUGCGGUAGCUGGUUAGUCUUAGUGGACCUUGCUGUGGUAGCUGGUUAGUCUUAGUGGACCUUGCUGUGGUAGUUGUUCAGCCUGAGUGAACGGAUACCAUGUGUUUGCCCUGCCUCCCACACUCCACCCCAUCCCAGGGUCUAGAGCCCUGACUGUAUUACCUAUGCUGGCUCUUUGCUAACCUUGUAUCCUGCGCUCAGAUCUUCUGUCAUGGACUCCAUGUCUGAGCCUUCCCGCCUCCACUUAGCGUAGUUACUAUAUCACACACCUGAGUGCACCCAGCACCUAUGGGGUGUCUCAUACCACUGCAGGUGUGGAGGGCACCAAGAGUGAGACUUCACACUUCCCAUCUCAUCUUCCCAGGGUGGCCCCGUAGUGACAAGCUGCAUGUUGGAAGCACACUCAGGCUUCCCAGGAGUUGCUUUGCAGAGGACACAUGGGCAGCCUUGAAACAGCAGUGGAAGAAGAGCUUCUGGGGGUGAGGAACUGGCAUAAAUAGAAGGCCAGAGGCAUGAGCAGUGUAGUUUGUUGGGGGGAAGGCAGGUGGAUGUGGGGGCUGGGGGAGGAGAGCGGUGAGCAUGUGAAAGGGAAGAAAUGAGAAGGGACAGGAGCCAGGAGGGUGGUUCUGAAGAAGCCUCUGAGCAGAGGCUUUGAGUGUUGUCUCACAAGUUGGCCAGUAGAACUCAAAGCCCAAAUUUACAUUUUCAAUCCCUCAGCUCAGUAGACAGUGAGAUUAUUUAGUGGCAAGGGAUGCUGGAGGGAAAACAAAUAACAACAAACAAACCUGACCAGGAGGCUAUGGCAAGUGGUACCCGAGAGGGCUGAAGACUCCAGAUGGGCAGGCACGGAAGAAGCAGGAUGGAAUAGCCGCAAGGCCACGGGAAAAGCCAGGCUGAGGAACGACAUAACGGUCCCUUUUCCAUUAGGCAUAUUCUGCACGGUCCCCUUGGCCGUGUGCGUGGGGUUGUUAUUAGCCAUUCUAAGAACCAGUAGAGGAGUCGGAAUUAAGAAGAAAGUGGUGACACCAGUUCAGAGACAUGAAGGGUAAACCACUUUACCCCUCUCUGAAGGCAUUGGAGAAAUGAAUGUGGAUUGGUAGUUGUGGAAGCAGGAGAUGCUGGGGCCCUCCAUGAAUGCCUUUUUGGGGGAUUCUAGACAGUGGCUAAAGAUGGGAGUUGUGUUGAGUGGUAAGUUUCCACAGAGAGGCUGCAGGGCUGUAAGGUGCUGCCAUUCAGGAAUCAUGCAUACUGUGUGUAGAGUGUAGUCCGUGAGUGGGGCUGCUCUUCUAAAGGGCUGCUUGCGAGGGGAAGGAGGAAGGUGGCACUGUGUCUGCCCUUCCCUACUCAUGCCCAGUCCAGAGUCCCUCAACUCUUUGGGUGGGAUAAUUCACUACAGGGAACACUUGACUGUUGCGUCACCCCCUGGCUACGGGCUGAGGCCGUCUGAAGAUCCCCGAGGCUGCUGACUGGGGUCUGCAGUGAACAUGCUCAGCUCAGGCAUGGUUCUUGACACUGUAGGCCAAUAGGACGGCUGCCCGCUCUUCCUAGAGCUAGCGAGUUAGGUGAAUACCCCGAGUUCACAGGCUGGAGAUGGUCAGGAAUCCUCUCCAGACCUGUCUUCUCAUCUCUGUGCCACCCACGAUGCAAGCUCACAGAGAACACAGAGCACGUGCCUCAAAAUUCCCAGUCCUAAGCCCUAAUCCUGUGCCAGACCCACCCUGAGAGCCACUUAAAUAUCUUUCCUCUGAAUGAAAUACGACUAUUGAGCUGAAGCUGAGCAUCUUCUAGGUCCCCCACAUCUCUGCCGCGGCCACACCAUGUUUUCCCUUCUGUACCCAUGCCAUGCACUGCUCUCUAUCAGGUUCAAGUGGUAGUUAACACUUGACUCUUUCCUUCUAUCCAGCCUGUUGUCCUGUCUUGCUUUCUCUGAAGUGUCAUUUGAAUUUGUUCCUUCUCGAUUCCCAUUGCCCUCGCUCAAUACACACACACACACACACACACACACACACACACACGUGCGCAUUCAUCCAUAUGGAUUGAAUGGUGGUGUCCCCGCCCACCCCUCAAUGUUGAAGUCCUAACCUCUAAUGUGAUGGUGGGACUUUGUGGAGGCUAUUGGGCGAGGUCAUGUGGAUGGAGCUUCAUGAUGGGAUUAGUGUCUUCAUAAGAGGAAGAGACCCUAGUUUAUUUCCAUCAUGGGUGGUAUAGCUUCAAGAUUCCUGUAGACAAGGAAGAGGCCCUCCGUGGGAGCUGUAUGAGCUAGAACAGUGAUCCUCAGUUUCCCAGCUGCCAGCAUGCUUCUGGUUAAAGCCCUUCCCCACUGCUAGGUGCUCUCCCAUAGCCAGAGCGAAGGCAGCUUCCCACCCUGCUUAUCUACUCCCUGCCUCAUCCCUGGUGCAGGAUACUGGUUUCUUCCACAGAUGGCGACACUUGUUAGUACGCAAAUGCUUGGUGUUUACCUUUAUUUAUAUCCAGAUAAUCAGCUGCAUGGAGCCAAGGCUGAAUCUCACAUCUGGCAUGUGGUAGGUAACUGCUAAAGGAAUGGACCAUUGGGUUGGCAAGAAAGGCCAGCAAAAUGAAAUGGCUGGUUUUAAUAAAGGUCUCCCUGUUUUCGGCCCUGUU